CCGGCCUUUGUGUCCGCACAGGAGUGUCCCUGGGUUCCCGUGCCGCCGGGACCGAUGAGCCUGGCCCCGAGGGCCUCCCGUCCACCUCUCUGCUGGACCUGCUGCUGCCCACCGGCCUGGAGCCGCUGGACGGGGAGGAGCCCAGUGAGUCCAUGGGCCUGGGAGCUGGCCUGGGGGCCCCCGGCUCGGGCUUCCCCAGCGACGAGAGCGAGGAGUCGCGGAUCCUGCAGCCGCCUCAGUACUUCUGGGAGGAGGAGGACCUCAACGCCUCCAGCCUGGACCUGGGGCCCACCGCAGACUACGUCUUCCCGGACUUGACGGACAAGUCGGGUCCCCUGGAGGACGCCGACCAGCCCCAGGACCUGCUGGGCCUGCCCUCGUCCUUGCCCAAGAUGAACCUGGUGGAGCCUCCCUGGCACAUGCCCUUGGAGGAGGAGGAGGAGGAGGAGGAGGAGGAGGAGGAGGAGGAGGAGGAGAGGGAGAAGGAGGAGGAGGAGGAGGAGGAGGAGGAGCAGCUGCUUCCUGUGACGGGACCCCAGGCGGAGGCCACCACGCAGGCGCCAGACUCUCCUCCCAGGGGCAGCAGCAGCCGGGCUCCGGGGGCCACCAGCCCCCGGCAGGAGGACUCUGGGGACCAGGCGUCCUCGGGCGUGGACGCGGAGAACAGUGCGGAGCCCAGCCUGUCGCCGCCCUCUGUCACCCCCAGCACGGUGACCCUGGGGGACCAGGACUUGCCCAGCCGGGAGGACACGGCCACCACGCUGCCAGCGGCAGGACUCGGGCUACAGUUCCAGGUCCCUCAAGGACACCGUGAAGAGGCCACUGUGGGGGCCCCCGACUUGGCUGGCCGGCCAGGGGACCUGCCACCUCUGGCUCCGUCCCCUGCAACCAGAGCCCCAGGCGAGGGUCACCUCAACCCCAGGACCUCGGCCUCUUUCCCAGCAGCCCCCCGAGACUCGGGGCCGACCCCUUCCCCUGCCACCCCGGGGCCAGACACACUCAGCCAGCAGCCGCAGGGGGGCCCCGCGGCCGGAGCGCCCUCCAGGACCCCCUGGGACUCCACACAGGUCAUCUGCAAGGACUGGAGCAACCUGGCCGCGAAGAACUACAUCAUCCUCAACAUGAGCGAGAACGUGGACUGUGAGGUGUUUCGGCGACACCGAGGGCUCCAGCUGGUGGCCCUGGUGGAGGAGGUGCUGCCCCGCCACCGCAGCGGCCGCCACGGGGACUGGCACAUCUCCCUGAGCAAGCCCAGCGAGAAGGAGCAGCACCUGCUCAUGGCGCUGGUGGGCGAGCAGGGGGUGGUGCCCACCCAAGAUGUGCUCUCCAUGCUGGGUGACAUCCGCAGGAGCCUGGAGGAGGUAAGGGCUCAGGGACUUGGAUCCCUGAGCUGCUCCUGGGCUCGCUCCCGCAAGUGA